UGUCCUAAACAGCUACAUUCACGAAGAAGAAAAGUAACUAACUCAGGCGGAUAAUAGUGUUCUAGCUCGAAAUGAACGUUAACCAUUUUUUGGACCGCUUUGACAGCCAGUCAAAACUGUUGGUCCGGUCAUUGCUCUCUGGAGUGUCCGGUGCCCACAGGGCGCUGGAUGUUUUCCGAAGGCAGCAGCGGGCUAACUCCGAAUUGUCGUCGUGGACCAACUUGGUAGACAUGCUUUGUCGAGACGAAGUCGUCAACCCAGGGACGGAUGGACGACCUCUUACCGUCAAAGCCCUGGUGUGCCUGUUUCCUGCAUUGUUCAAACAAAACCUGCUGACGUUCAUCUACCUGAUCCACUCGCUUCUUCCCAAAGCUGCUGUUCUCCGUCUUCUUCAGUGCCUCAGUCAGGACAGCAGCCCUAGUCCUUGGGUUAGUGCGUUGACGAGACAACUUGAGAGAAAUCUGGGCUCCCUCAAUAAGGAGCACCUGUUUACUCCAGUAUGCCAUGGCAGACUUGAAAAGCUUUCCCAGCGAUUGGGUGGAGACACUGGAGGGUGGGCCGAGUGCUUCAGCAUUGAAAUAGAGGAACAUCAGAAUACGCCUUGUUUGUUGGAGUUGGGGAAACAAAAGAAAAGGAAGGGUAACUUUGAUAUUCUGGAUUCGGAUGAGGAAUUAUUGCAGCAGAGCAAGCGAUUGAAGAUGGAAGAAAGUAGAAGUGGGCACGUGCAUACAGAGGAAGUGAGAGAGGAGAGAUUGGAUGCAGAGGAACCAGCACAUGAAAGCACUCAGGAUCAUCUGCCUGAUGACAUUAAGGUGGCAGAAAAAUUGGAAGGAGGUGCUUCAAAUGAGAUGACUGUACAGGACAACAGCUGUGAUUUUCUACCUGAACAUAUCAUGACAUCUGCUCACCAAAUAAAGGAAUUGCUGGAAAGCCAGACAGAGUGGGACCAGAGCUCGACAGAUGUGUUUCAAGUGUUUAAUGACUGUGACCCCAAACAAGUGGCGGUGCUCUGUUCCAUGCUGAGUUUGUCUGACAUAGCAGAACAGACUCUGCCUAAACUUUGCAGCAGCAUACUGGCUCUCUCGCCUGACCUCAGCUUCAGCACGGCAGUGACGUUCAUCAAGAACCUCCUGCUGCAGAGGGUACUGUCCCUCACAGAGCCAGCCUCCAGAUGCCUGGUGACCGUGGUGAUGUCACUCUGCAGCCACUACACUAGAUCAAUGUGCCAUGCUUUGAUUGGACCGCUUCUCCAGGAUGAGAGUUUAGGGAGUGCCCAAGCUGAGCUGCUCAACAAGCUGGUAGAAAGCUGUCUUGAUUCCCACUACGCACUUCUUGUGCUUCAAAUGACGUUCAAAAUAUCAUGGAGUGAGCCAGUGCUUUCUAUUAUUCACAGCUUGCUGGACUCCAAGCCUGAUAUAAAUGAAGAACUGUUCACCCAGCUGACUGCCCAGCUGGUUUGCCAGGGUCCCCGAUUCAUAAAGUCUAUGAACUUUGCCAAAAUGUUGUUGACUAUCCUCACAAAGUAUGCCAGCUUUGUGAAGCCUCCAAACAAACAAUCCUUAUCUGAGUGCUUGAUGAUCCAUGAGACAUUCUUAAAAAAGUCUCUCCAAGCAGCAUUGAAAAGAAUCCCAUAAAUAUGUGUAAAGUUUUCAAUAGACAUAUUAUUGUAAUGAAUAUUUACUAUAUUGUCUACAGGUCAAUGUACAUCCAUCCAUCCUUUUUUCUACCGAUUGUCCCUUUGACGGAAGGUGGCGUACACCCUGGACAAGUCGCCACUAAAUUCAAACUCCAUCUAUCCAUCCAUUUCCUACCGCUUAUUCCCUUUUGAGGUCACGGGGGGCGCUGGCGCCUAUCUCAGCUACAAUCGGGCGGAAGGCAGUGUACACCCUGGACAAAUCGGCACCUCAUCAUAGGGCCAACACAGAUAGACAGACAACAUUCACACUCACAUUCAAACUCAUUCAUCUUUAUUACCCUGUAAAGACUGUGAUGUUAGAUACAAAAAGGACAUUGAUGUUACCUGCACCCUGUGUUGAGUUGAAUUUGAGUGUAUUUUGAACAUGCAAGCAUUCAACAUGAUACAUCACAUUUUCCAGUUUCUCUUUUCAACAGUAGCAUGCAUCUAGAGACCGUUUACCACCUGUUUUGGACCUGUGAAAGCACUCGAUCUCUAUGGCAAGGCAUCUGUCCUUUCAUCUCGGACAAAAUUUAUGACGAAUUUGUAAUUUGUCUUAAAGAUGUGCUAUUUGGGGUUACACAAUAUGAGAAAAAAUGUGAAGAGGAAUUUUACCUUUGCAACCUCAUUAUACUAUUGGCUAAGUUUUAUAUUCAUAAAUAUAAGUUUCUCCCACCCUGUUAUUUGUGCCUUUAAAAAGAGUUAGAACUUUACUUUAAAACACUAUCAACCAAAAAGCUGUGAAAACGAUGAUACUGUGCUCCAAAUUUAAACUAUUUACAGAACUUGUGUGAGCCUAUUACUACAUAUAUAUACUUUACAUCGUACUAUAAUUACUUUAUUGAAUUAACAACAACCUGGUACUGUUUUGCACUGUCCUUGUUAAUAUAUUUGUUUGUAAAUGUUCAAUUUUAUAAAUAAAGGUAUAUAUUAAAAAGCA